AAAACAUAACACAAACCCUUUUAUAAGAAUUUCUACUUUGUUUUCUGGUCAUCACUACCAUGGGAAACAAGGUGAAACUUGCAUUCAUAACACAUAAUACAAAGAGAAAGGCAGCAUUCAGAAAGAGAAAAAUUGGUAUACUGAAGAGGCUUAAUGAAAUCACCACUCUUUGUGGAAUCGAAGCAUGUGGAAUACUCUAUGAUAAUAACAAUCCUCAACCAGUGGUUUGGCCAACAGAUUCAGGAGCCAAAAGUGUGCUAUCAAGGUUUGCGAGUUUGCCUGAAUCGGAGCAAAGUAAUAAUAAGGUGAAUCAAGAGGACUUCUUGUGGAAAAGGAUUGAGAAAGACUUCGAGAAAUUGAAGAAAGAAAGGGAGGAAACUCGGAAAAAUGUUAUGGCCAUAAUCAUUAACCAUUACAUUUAUACUAAAGAAUUUAAUGGCAAUUCAAUGAGCAAAAAUGAUCUAAAUGAUAUGUCAUGUUUUAUUGAUGAGAAUCUGAAAGAAAUUUAUCGAAAGAUGGAAGGAAUGAAAAUUGAAUCCCAAGAGCAUGAUGGAAAUGAAGCUGGAGUAAUGAAUGAAACAAAGAAACAAUAAAAUAUUGGUCAAAUAAAUUUUCAACAUCUUAUGUUGUUUAA